GCGGCGCGCGCCUCUCCAUGUGCACUCUCACACAGCAGGCAUCAAAGCCUCUACGUCAAGCCAGACAGGAAGAAGAAAGCGAAUCUGAUGGAACGAUAGCCGGGUCCUGUCGUCCCACCGUAAAAAAAAAAAUGCAGACCCACUUCUUCUGUCGCCUAUGGACGCGCUAUCCUGUUUCACUUGGAUUUCGUCGUGAUCUGUGAAGUAGACCUGAUCUUAUGGCAGACACCAGACCUCCUGAAGCCCCUCUGAUUCACUGUGUGUGAAGAUUAUUCGACGACUCAAAGUGAGAUGAAAAGGCAACAACCACCAUCACUGCUCGCCUUAUCGGCACUCCUGCUCUGCACAUUACAGCAGACAGCUGCAUCCGUCCGAUCAGAUCGCAACAGCUCAGCCUCAUCAUCAUCAUCAUCAUCACUAUCAUCAUUAUCAUCCACAGUCUCAUCACAGGUGAGCAGCAGGAAGCCCCAAGACUGGCAAAAACUGACUUUCAACUAUGGCAAUCAGAGCCUUACAAGUAGGCCAUCACCAAAGCUAAAAGAGGCAUCAGGCCAUGUGAAUAGCUUUUCCUUCAACACCAGCAGAGGCAAUAUUACUACUGUGAUAUCUAAAAGGUCUGGCAGGACUCCAAGCUUAAGCCCAGAGGAGGAGGUGUCACCACUGUGUGCCUACCGAGUAAUUGAAGGAGGCAUCGGAGGGCAGCUCUGCUUUCGGGACACACUGUUCGGGUACAAGUGCCAAGAGGGAGAAUGCAGGACAGUCGUGUCUUAUGGGAGCCUGGUGGCGAAUAUCCUUAUCAAUGGCAGUGUACUGUUACAGUGGACCCAUGAAGGUGAAUCCACAAUGAGUGAACAAAACACAACAAAAGAGACUGUGGCUGGUCAGAAGAAUGGUAGGGAUCCCAAGACAAAUUCUACAAGAGUGGAAACUCUAAAAUCCAGGGCUGUUUUCAGCAGCCGACGCCACAGAAGGGGAGGCUAUGAGUUGAGCUGCUGGUGGAAUGGGAGCUAUACUCAGUUUGAGUGUGCCGGGGUCCAUCUUGCAUCUGGCUGCAGGGACUUUCUCCUGACUGAGCUGCAUGAAAACAUCCCUUACCGCCUCUGCCUGCGCUCCCUGGAACACUCCACCCAUAGUCCUGCUCAGACCACAGACCGGCGGGACUGUGUGGAGUUUACCCUGCCACCAUCUGGGAUGCAGGAUAUUGUGAUUGCUAUGACAACAGUUGGGGGAGCCAUUUGUGUGAUGCUGGUCAUCAUUUGCUUGCUGGUUGCAUAUAUCACAGAAAACAUCAUGAGCCCUACGACGCAGCACACAUACUCAUACCGCACCCACUCACGUCACUGAUUCUGAGUCCAGGAUGCACUGCUAAAAAAAUGUACGAAGGCCUACACUUAACAUCCAUAAUAUCCAUCUUUAACCUCACAACUGUAGUUGUUCAUUGUCAGUAACAUUUCAAUCAGCCACAAAUAUGGUAUACGCAUCACAUUACUAAUAAACUGAAGCACAAUUUGUGUCGCUCUGAAAGAAAUGCAUAUAAAAUGCCUUGCUUACCUCUGCGAGGAUGCACUGAACCAAAAGUACUAAUAACCUUUGUUUCUUAUACAGUUAUUUACUGUUAUGGUUUUCUUCAAGGUUUUCUGUGAUUCAGCCUGUCAGUCAUUAUACUGGCAGUAUUUUUUACAGCAAUACAACAAAAAAAUGGCUUUCUGAGUCCAUCAGAAAUAAGUUUUUCUGCUAACUGUGCAGCCUACGCUGAAAGAGUCCACACUAGUCCUGUCAAUCUUAGACCCAGGAGAAUAAAACACAACUCAGUGACAUUUUCAACUUGACUAAAAUCAUUCCAUCUUGGUUUUUGCUUUUAGGUCUGCACACAGUAUGUAUUUGUACCACUCUGUAAAGGGCAAUACAAUCUUGUGUACAAUCUCCAAAUACUGUGCCAAACAUGAGUUAGAAUGCCUUUUUGUCCAGCUGUGAUUCAAUAAAGUCCUUUGAGGUCAUUUCUAACACUC